UUAUGUUUGUUUUGGCUGAUCUAGGUCUUGAUCAAUCAAAAUGUCUAUGACCACGAAUUGAAUAUAUAUCAUUGCAUUUUUCAUAUGAUAAAGUAUCUUAGAAGAUAUUUCAAUGUUAUUAUCAUCAUCAUUAUUUUAUUAUUAUUUUCAUCAUCAUUACCACAAUAAUCAUCAUUCAAAAUCGUCAUGACCAUUAUCGUAUUCUUAAUCGAUACAAGCGGUUCGAUGAAUCAACGUGCCCAUUCGGGUGCUAAACAAACAUUAUUAGAUAUAACAAAAGAAACUGUCGAUCGUUUUAUAAAGAAUCGACAAAAAGAUAUUGCAGCACGUGGUGAUCGUUAUAUGUUGUUGACAUUUGAUGAAACGCCCUAUAAUAUAAAGGCUGGCUGGAAAGAAACACAUGCGGUAUUCGUAAAUGAAUUGAAAAAUCUAUCAGCCACCGGUCUAACAACAAUGAAUACGGCAUUGAAAAAUUCAUUUGAUUAUUUAAAUGUAAAUCGAAUGCAAUCCGGUAUCGAUACAUAUGGUAUGGGUCGUUGUCCAUAUUUUCUUGAAUCGGCUGUCAUUAUAUUGAUAACGGAUGGUGGUCGAUUUUCAACUGUAAACAAUGUUCAAGAUGAAUUAAUCAUACCGGCAUCAAAUUGUCCCGGUUCAGAAUUUACAAUUGAACCAUUUCGUUGGGAUCAACGUCUAUUUUCCAUUGUACUUCGCUUUAAUGGCAUUUAUCGUAAUGAUCAAACACAGACAGUUACAUCGGUUGGCUGUGAUCCAUCAUCAAUUAAUCAACUUAGUGAAGAAACUGGAGGCCGUUCAUUUAGUGUGACAUCGAAAAAUGAAAUCUAUUGGUCGAUAGAUUAUAUUCUUGCACGGUUACAUCAUGGUGUGAUGGUAAAAUUUGAAAAAUUUGGUCCCGAUCCGCCAAUGAUACCACCACCGAUAAAUGGCUGCGGUGGUAAUGAUGAAUCAAGAGCUAAUAAUUUUGAUCGUUCAUGGCAAUGUACACGCAAUAUGAUACUUGUACGACCAACAACAAAAGGUUAUUCAAUGGGACAUUGGCCAAUACCUGAAUCAUAUUGGCCUGAUCCAAACAUUCCAAGUUUACAACCACGAACAGCACAGCCAAUUAUACGUUACACUUGUACAAAUUCUGAGCCAACUGUGAUUGAAAAUUUGCCUUUCGAUAAAUAUGAACUUGAUCCAAGCCCAUUAACGAAUUUCAUAUUAGCGCGUAAACAACCAAAUGUUGCUUGGCAAGUAUUUAUGGCCAAUAGCCAACGAAAUUCAGAAUUUGGACAACCAUUCGGAUAUUUAAAAGCCAGUACGAAUCUUGCUUGUGUUAAUCUAUUUGUAUUGCCUUAUAAUUAUCCCAUGUUAUUACCAUUGUUGGAAGAAUUAUUCAAACAAUUACAAGGAAAACCAACUCGUGAAUGGCGGCAACAGUUUGAUAAUUACCUGAAAGGUAUGCCAGUCUAUUAUGCUACAUCGUUGAGACGUGCAUUGCAACGAAUGGGUGCACCAAAUUUAAUACCGGAUAACAUGGAAUUAUAUGCAACAGUUAAUCUGAAUAAUAUUAUCAAAAAACAGAAACAUAAUGCAAAAAUUGAAUUCGAUAAGCUAACAUCGUCGAUGGGACAACAUAAACCGAUCAAUAUUGAAUGGCCACGUAUAUCGACCAAUCAUUUUAGUUUGAUGUAUCACAACCGAAAAACAAUUGGUGAUCUUUUCUGUUCAAAUCCAUCAUUGAAACGGACAUUUGCACAACGUCCAUAUGAUUUUCAAGAUUUUAAUGGGUUUAUUGUGCGAUAUAAAGAUCGUCCUCAUUCUGAAUAUAAAACAUCAUUCUAUCGUAAUCCAGCAGAUAUUCCACGUAGUGAAUUGUUACGACAAGCGGUUAAAAUACGGCAAAUAUUUUUCCAGAAACAUAUGUCACUUGCAAAAUUUACUAUGGAUGAAGAUCAAACAUUCAAUCUGCCAGUUAGUCAGAUGGGUAAUUAUCAGGAAUAUUUGAAAAAGAAACAGCCACCAUUGCGAGAAUUAGAAGCGGCUCCUAGUCGGCAGCACAUGUUUGGUAAUCCAUUUAAAUUGGAUAAGAAAAAUCCGAUGAUUAUUGAUGAAGCUGAUAUUGAAUUAUCAAAUAAUGGUGGUGGUAAUGGUGGUUCUAAUAGUGGUGGUGAUGGACAAUCUAAAGGAAUGAAACGAUCACUUUCAUCAUCGGCAUUGGCAGCCGGUGUACAAGGUGGACCACCAAAACAAAGACGAAAACCAGGUCCAUUACCAAAAGAUUAUUCCUAUUCACGAUCUCGUUCGCCAUCACCAUUGAUGUUUAAUCAACCACCACCGACACCUCCUCCUCAAUAUAUGAUGUCACCGCAACAACAACAAUCAUCAUCACCAAAUUCAUUUUAUGGUGUUGGUAAUUAUCAUCCAAAUUCUAAUAAUCAAAUGUAUCAAACAGUGAAUGGCUCAACAUCAUCAUCUCAGCAACAAUUAGCUAGUAAUCUAGUGAAUCAAAAAUUAUUGCAACCAUCACAGAUUGUAAAAUCUAAUAUAAAAACAAACAAUAAUGGCAACUUUAAAAAUAAUACCGGUGAUCCAACAAUUAGAGGAGCUUUCGGUUAUCAACUUUCUUCACAACAAUCAUCAAUUAGUAAUUAUCCUGGUCAUGGACAACAACAACCUCAAUUAUUUAAACCUAUUACUAGUAGGCCAACAGGAUUCGGUGGUUCACUGCAACAACAACAACAACAACAACUGUCAAUUUUCCAAAAUCACAAUCAACAACAACAGACUAAACAGAUUCAAGUAAUAUCGAAUGGAAAUGGACAACAGCAGCCAUUCUCAACCGGUUCAAAUCCAUUUCCAAAAUUAAAUCAACAUUUAGUUAAUGGUAGUAGUGGUGGUGGUGGUAAACAAUUGGGAUAUUUUGCCACAGGAAAUAAUUUUAAUCCACAUCGAGGAUAUAUGUUUAGUAAAGAGGAAAAUGAGAAGCUAAAAUCUGUUUUACAUUUUGUACGAAUGAAAGAUUCCAAAUCAUUGAUACAGAUUGUAUCGACACAGAAAGGUGUGUUUGCUGAUCGUUUAUUGUUUGAAGCUGUAUCAUAUGCACAACGAUUCAAGAUGACAUCAAUCACACAAAUAUUGAGCAAUCAUUUUGGCAUUCGUGUACAAUAUGCAUUGGAUAUCAUUGCUAAUAAUAAUCCACGAAUGAUGACCACAACUAUAGCAAACAAUACGACAACGGCCGUAGCGGUCACUACAAGUACUACUGCUAAAUGAUUUGUGUCUGUGUUUGGUGUGUCCGUUUUGUGCAACCGUGUUUAUUACUGUGAUGAUUCUGAUCUUCAUUCAUUUAUUCGAUCUUCAUUUUAAACUAGAAUUUAUUUAUUUCCUUUUUUCCCUUCAUGAUUGAUUGAUUGACCCCCCAAAAAAUGGAUAAACAAUGUGGAAUAUGAAACCGAAAUAUUCGACAACAAUUUUAUCCACUUUUGACAUAUUGUUGAGAUAUAUGUGGCUUGUUACAUUUCAUCUUAUGAUCAUCAACAUUUUAUUUUGUUUCAUAUCCAUCACGCAAUGAUCACCACCAUGUUUAUAAUAAUAUCAAAUCAAAAAAAAUUUUUAUACACAUUUUAAUAGUUGUUCAUAAUUUUGAAUAAUAAAAAAAGAAAGAAUAUCGUAAGAAUACCUUAUUGAUUUCACUCUGGUGAUCUUCGAUGCAAUUCACAGAAAAGAAAAACCACUCAAACAAAUUCAGAAUGGUAAUAAUAAUGGCGCUGAUGACCUUGAUGAUCUCAUCAAAGUGUUAUUGCAUUCGUAAAUUUCAUAAUCAAAAUCACGGGUGAAUCAAUUGAUUGAUUUGUUGAAAUGUUCACCAUUCUCAUAUAUAAAUGUCAUAA